AUGUCAUCUCGUAAAACAGAAGAUAAACACAAGUUACUUCUGGAUAAGCUACUCUCAGACUCGGGGUUAGAGUGCGUGAGAUCAGCACCAGAAACAUUGGUGUCGUCUUCAGAAUCUGGAGAGGAUGAAGAAGCUCCUUUAAUAGAAGAGGAAGAAGAAGUAAAAGAAGAAUUAAUUGAAGAAGAAGCACCAGUAUCGUGGGCUGAAGAAGUCCGAGAAGAGCAAGCAGCAAUAUUCCCAACACCAUCGCUGAGGAAAAUCCUACCCGAAAGGGUACGAGAAAUAGAGGGAUAUAAUAGAAUUCAUGUUCUACCAAAUGAGUUCAAAACUGACAUCGAUCCAGCAGCUAUACCUAGAAUAGACAUGACACCGCAGCAAAAAUGUAUCGAUAUUUUGGGAACGAUUACAGGCUGUACGCAGUAUAAAAAUAGUUUAGCUGAAUUUUGGUUUUUGGAUACAUUAGCCAACUUACUGAGACGAGCGCAGGAAGACGAAAUGGACAGAUCGUCACAAGUAGUAUUAAUACUUUGGUUUUGCGAGUGGAUGAAAGAGAUACAAAACUUCGACGCGGCUGAUCGUCAACGAACAUUGAGACGGUUUCGGGAGAACAUGCUGUCAGCAGCACGAUUUGUAGCACAAGCAGAACGUCUCCCAACACCACAGGAGGCUGGGGUGUUCUAUAAAGCAGACGCAAAUGAGAAAACUACUGAACCAGCAGCGCCGGAGGCAACCCACUCGGUCACAUUCCAGGGAGCUGCAUACGAAUGCUCUUUGAGAGAUCUAACCAACAUAAUACAUUAUAUAUUUGACUUAUUCAGUACGGAUUACCAAUACGAUCUCGUCCGUUCCGUCUUCACGUUCACACCAGAAUAUAAUAUACUUGAUGCACCGUUUCAAAUGCAAAAUCCUAAGAAACUGUUCGCACCACUAAAGCCCAGGGCGAAGAAAGAAAAGUCUCCGAAGAAGGAGAAGCCGCCGCCGAAAGGAAAGAAGAAGGAUAUUGACACGGAGGAAUAUUUGGCUCUUAUGGAGCUUAAAGCUAAAGACGAACGCGAACUCGAAGAAUUGGAAGACAAAGACCGUGAAGACUGGAAUCGCCGCUCUCACAUCCUACCACUAGCCUUCGCGGCGGACGAGGAAUUCUUCGACAAAUACUGGCCACCGCCACCGCCGGAGCCACAACCGGAACCAGAACCAGAGGUGAAAGGAAAAGGGAAGGGAAAGGGGAAAAAAUGA